CUCAGUAGCGCGCUGGUGCACCUUCACGCGCACACGUCCUCGGAGUCGCUCGGGACUUGCAAAGUCUAGUUUGACUCAACUUUCCACCUUAAAGACUUUGUUCAAAGGAACUCAAACUCAGAUGAAUACGGUGUUUUUUUUUAUUAUAUAUUUUUUCAGUUUCCGCAAAGGAAGGAGGGAGUGACCGUACUGUUGCCCUUCUUCUUCUUCUUCCACUUCAAAUGGGACUUACAUGCGCGCGUGUAACUUUGCCUCACUUUUCUCUUCACUGACUGUCGGACCCGCUUCGCCCGAAACAUGCCGGAGCGAAUAAGCGUUUCGGACUUUGUGAUCCUGACAAACGAGGAUUUGUCUUCUCCGGGGACUUCAACGUUUCAGUCUAAAAUGAGCGACUGUCGGAGCACAGUUUCAGCCGUGGAGGAGUCUCUGGAGACAGACCACAUAGCCCUACAGAGGAUGAAGAAAACAAUCAAAGCUAUACACACUUCUGGAAUCUCACAUGUGGACUGCAAGGAGCAGUAUAUUGAGCUGCUGGAGAACUUGGGAAAUAGCCACCUGACUCAGGACAACAAUGAAGUCUCCACAGGGUUCCUCAACUUGGCUGUGUUCACCAGAGAGGUCACAUCCCUCUUCAAAAAUCUGGUACAAAACCUUAACAACAUCAUGGCGUUUCCUCUGGAAAAUGUGCUGAAGUCUGAGCUUCGAGACAGCAGAUUGGAGCUCAAGAAACACAUGGAGAAGAGCUGGAAGGAUUAUGAUGUAAAAAUAGUGAAGCUAGAGAAGGAGAGGAGGGAAAAGAACAGGCAGCUGGGACUGAUCAGGACAGAGGGAUCAGAUGGAGCAGAGGACAUGGAGAGAGAGAGACGGAUCUUCCAGCUGCAAAUGUGUGAGUACCUUUUGAAGAUCCAGGAGCUGAAGGUGCGUCAGGGUCCUGAUCUUCUCCAGAGCCUCAUCAAAUAUUUCCAGGCUCAGCUGAGUUUCUUUCAGGAUGGGCUGAAGGCUGCAGAGAAUCUCUCUCCCUUUAUCGAGAAGCUUGCUUCAUCUAUUCACACGGUUCGCCUAGACCAAGAUGAAGAGGUAAAACAACUCACACAGUUGAGGGAUUCUCUUAGAUCACUUCUACAAGUGGAGGGCAAAGAGGAGUACCUCAACAGGAAAAACUCUGGCAAUGGGUAUAGCAUUCACCAACCGCAGGGAAACAAGAAGUACGGAACGGAGAAAUCCGGUUUCCUGCUUAAGAAGAGUGACGGGAUAAGGAAGGUUUGGCAGAAGAGAAAGUGUGGAGUCAAAUUCGGCUGCCUGACUAUUUCCCACAGUACGAUCAAUCGACCCCCAGCCAAGCUGAACCUGCUGACCUGCCAGGUGCGACCGAACCCCGAGGACAGGAGGACCUUUGACCUUGUCACUCAUAACCGGACAUAUCAUUUCCAGGCAGAAGACGAGCAGGAAUGUUUGAUUUGGGUGUCCGUGCUGCAGAACAGUAAGGAGGAGGCCCUGAACACAGCGCUGGGUGGGGAUCAGCUUCACCUGCAGGACAGUGGGCUUCAGGAACUUUCCAAAGCCAUUAUUGCUGAGCUUCGACACAUGCCUGGCAAUGAGGCCUGCGCAGACUGUGGAGCUCCAGAUCCAACAUGGCUGUCGACCAAUCUGGGCAUCCUGACGUGUAUUGAGUGCUCCGGCAUCCACAGAGAGCUAGGGGUCCACUACUCCAGGAUCCAGUCCCUCACUCUGGACCUACUGAGCACCUCCGAACUACUGCUGGCCGUCAGUAUUGGCAACACUCGAUUCAAUGACAUCAUGGAGGCAGGGCUUCCAAAUGACUCUGUCAAACCAUUUCCACAAAGUGACAUGAAUGCCAGGAAGGAAUACAUUGUGGCAAAGUACGCUGAGCGUCGCUACGUCCUACGCAGAGAAGAAGCAAAUCCUAGCCUGCUUUAUGAAGCCGUGAGGAGCCGUGACCUCGCUUUGCUUCUGCAGCUCUAUGCUGAGAGAGCAGAUCUGGCCAAACCACUCACACUCCCCGAAGGACAGGGACUCAAGGAGACAGCGCUCCACCUUGCUGUGCGUCUGGAGGAAAAAAGCUCUCUGGCACUUGUGGAUUUCCUUUGUCAGAACAGUAACUGUCUGGAGAAGAGAACCGCAGAGGGGAACACGGCCCUUCACUACAGCGUCUUGUAUCAUAAGCCUGAAUCUCUUAAGUUACUCCUCAAAGCAAAGGCAGCGCUUCAAACGGUGAACUCGGCAGGAGAGACGGCCUUGGAUACUGCCAGGAGAUUGCAGCAUAAACAGUGUGUCGAGCUGUUGGAGCUGGCGCAGAGUGGGACGUUUAACUCUCAGAUACACGUAGAGUUCAUGUGGGAGACGCAGUCUCAGGAAUUCUAUGAUAGUGAAGAUGACCUGGAUGAGAGGGUGAGCCCAUUACCCAAAAGCCGAUCUCCUCUGUCAUCAAAUGGAGGUGGUGGACACUGGAGUGUCAGUUCUUCCGCUGCUAGUACAAGUAGCAGACCUUGUCAGGCUUACGAGAAUAUAGAAUUUCUAUAUAAAAAUCCACCAGUCAAUAGCGCCCCCUCUGGAGCUUCAAUGCCUCCGCCACUGCCAGCUAAAUCCAUCCAAAGAGGCCGCUCAGACCCACAGAUCUCAGCCACAUCGCAUGAAGGAAACCAAAUUCCACGACGCUGCUCGAACCCGUCCUAUCACUCAUCCAGUCCCCAGGUGCAGGCACGACAGAGUCCUCCUUCAGGAAAUACAGAAAACCAAGGCCAAGGUGGGAGACCCCCUAGGUCUCCAAAUGGACAAGCAAGCCUGCUCAGGGCGCAUAGGCAGACAUGGGAUGGUCAUCUUGGUUUGAGUUCUGGAUCUCAAAGUGGUGCCACAUCAGGUUUUUCUCAGAAUCACAUAGGGCCUGUCAGUUCGGAGAAGACCACGUCAUACCGCCGCACGAGCAGUGGAGGAGGCAGCCAGGGAAAGUGUAGCGUUUUGUCUUCGGCCUGUGUGGGCAGCCAGGAGGAUCUGUACUCCACCCCAGGAGGGAAUAGUAAAGCCCUUACCCCAGCUACUGCUCCAGUCCCCGCCCCUUCGUCCUCACCUGAUUUGACCUGUAUCCCACGACCUCGCAGGAAUGCUAUGGUUUCUAACAGCAGGCCACAUCAGAAGCGCGUCAAGGCUUUGGUGGACUGCCGAGCUGUCAGUUCUGAGCAGCUCGCCUUUUUCAAAGAUGAAAUUAUUGUGGUCACAGCCACUAAUGACCCCCACUGGUGGACUGGUCACAUAGAGGGGGAUCCAUCCAGGAGUGGGGCCUUUCCUGUAAACUAUGUACACAAACUAACAGACUGAAGAGGGAACACAGUAUUCUUCAAAAUGGCAAAAUCAACCAUUUGAUCCUUGGAAGUUGAUCAUCACAAGUUGGAAUUUAUCCAGGAGUGGACUGUAUUAUUUUUCUUGGAUACAACUGGAACUGACAACAUUCCCACAUAACGAUUUCUUGGCAAAGGGAUAUGUGAACAUUGCGACUUUAGGAUUUUAAACAUUUAUUCAUCCCUAGAAGGCAAUAACAAGAACUGAAAGCUUUCAUGCCACCCUUUCUAAAACCCUAAACAGCUAUUAAAAGGAACGUGUUGUGCAUUUAUUGUCCAAUGUUCAUUUGACCAUUAAUUAUAUAUUUGUAUAGCAAAUGCUGAAGUUGCUUAUGCUGAUCUAGGACUUGUACAUAGAGGCAAUAUUUACUUGUAGGGCAGAAACCCUGUAAGGCACUUUAAACUCUGAAGGAAUCUUCAGAAAAGCUGGCACAGCUGUAAGUGUGUACAUAGCCAGCUACUGAAUCGGGAUGUAGCUUCCCCCCCUUUUCCUUUGUUCUUAAUGGAAACCGUUGAACUGUUUGGAAUCGCAGUAUACUGUGACUUGGAUAUAAGGUUCAAACCUGCUCAGUGUCUCAGUGCCGCCUUCCCGGGAACCUGCCAGCCAGUCUGCCUCCUGCAGGCGUCUGGACACCCCAAGGAGAGAUCAGAAACUUUAGCCCAGCCGUGUUGACUCUCUGCAUAGCUCUCUGGCGGCAUGGAGAGCAGAAGAUCCGGUUUCUUUUGGCUGUAGGCACUAUUCUCUGGAGAACAUGAAAUAACGAUGGUGUUAAGAAAAAAAAAAAAAAAAGACUUCUGUAUUACCAGAAAAUGGCACUUUAAGAGGGCUUGUUAAGAAUAGCAUCCUACUGCAGUAAUUUGUUCAGUGAACACUUCUUUUCAUACACACACAGUGGCCUUCAGGAUCCUUUAGGAAAGAAAGGAUAGGAAAGCAGAGAAUGGGAGAGCUUUCACUGCCAGACGUAAAUCUUCAAAUCUAACACAUUUCAUAGAAUUUAACCCACAACUUCUUGUACAUACGUGUCUGAAAUGUCUAUAUAUGUGCACUCAUCCAGAGUAUAUAACACCAUUUUUACAUUUUAUGUAUCAUAAAUGAUUAUAUCAUUACAGAUAAUCUUACUUCAUGUCACGAAUUUGAUGUCCUCUCAUUUGACAUAUUUUGUCUUCUGGUGUUUUGUUAGUUGUUAAAUGACUGUGGAUGGGAGCGGAUGGACACAGAUGCAUAAUAUAUUCAUAAAAGCAUUCUUUCUCAUUAAACUAAAAACUUGUCACAGUUUCUUCUGGCAAAUAAAUCAUGGGAGAAGCAGGUUAUCAAAGAUGACAACAGUUUACUGCAGCUGUAAGUAGGAACUAGCAGAUUAGCUAAUUUCAUUGCGUGUAUUUGACACAUACUCAUUAAACUUCUUUAACUCCUG